UCCCUCAAGUUCAUCAGCGAGAAGAGAGAAUCGAAUCGAUGGCGGGGAUGCUUGCGAACAGUGUCCUCCUCCCUCAACCUUCGAUUUUCCUUCCCGUUUCUUCUUCUCGAAGCAGCAGAUCAAUCCGAAAAACCCCCCUAGUCAUGGUCAAAGCCUCCUCCAAACCUUCCGACUCUGUCUCAGCGUCCACCAAAUCCAAAUCCAGCGACGCUGUGUUCACUGCUCCUCCCGGUUUCAAGCCUCCCGAGCCGAAACGCUUCGCCGUUAAACCGGGAAAGCUCUUAGAUGUACUGGGUGCUGCAAUCGGAGUGCUUCUCCGACUCGGCACUGGCGUUUUCGUUUCUGGGUACUCUGCUUCUUUCGUGUCUAAGGAUGCGAUUCCAGCUGAUCAGUAUGCGUUGCGAAUUGGGGGGAUCACGGUGAAGGAAACCUCAAAGCUUGGGCCUCGUCCUGAGAAACCCAUUGAGAUAUAUGAGUUUGAAGGCUGUCCCUUUUGCCGUAAGGUUAGGGAAAUGGUUACAGUGUUGGAUCUUGAUAUUCUCUACUUUCCUUGCCCAAGAGGGAGUCCCAAUUUCCGCCCUAUGGUUAACCAGAUGGGUGGCAAACAACAGUUUCCUUACAUGGUUGAUCCAAAUACGGGAGUGUCCAUGUAUGAAUCAGAUGGAAUCAUCAAAUAUCUGUCCGAGAAAUAUGGAGAUGGAACAGUUCCUUUAAGUCUGUCACUUGGUCCUUUAACGGCUAUAACAGCUGCCUUUGCAACGCUUGGUCGUCUAGGAAAGGGUAACUUGUACACACCAGCAAAACUACCACCUAAGCCACUUGUAUUCUGGGCAUACGAGGGUUCUCCGUUUUGCAAGCUUGUACGCGAAGUUCUUGUGGAACUGGAGUUACCACACAUUCAACGCAGUUGUGCUCGUGGUAGCCCCAAACGGCAGGAAUUGCUUAUGAAAGCUGGUCACUUUCAGGUGCCUUGCCUGGAAGAUCCAAACACUGGAGUAAAUAUGUUUGAGAGUGCAGAAAUCAUAGAGUAUCUGAAGCAAACUUACGCUGCUUAAAAGUGGAUCUUCUUCACUUAAAGUGAAUGCGUGAAUGGGUAAGCAAACUUAUGUUGUUUGGUUCAGGUACUUCCGGUUAAUCAACUCAACUCAGUUAUAUGUAAGUGUAGGGUUUAAUGAUCAAGAAAUGUACCUAUACAUAAACCAAAUGUACUGUGACAUGAUUAUCCAGGCGUUGAUAUUCUUUUAUACAAUUUUCAA